CCCCAUUUCCCUCCCCCUCCUCUCGGAUGCCUCUCCGGGGAGGGGCAGAAACGCUCUCAGGUAUCAACACUUCCUGGUGAAGGCGCGGGCACGGCACAGGACGGAGCGGCAGGACGAUGUCUUACCGGGACUUGAUCGGGGACUGGAACCGGGCCGUGCAGGCCAUUGACCAGCAGGACUGGCUCUCGUCCCUCAACUACCUGACCAAAAUCGCCGAACCCAACGUCCGGAUUUGGUUCAACCUCGGCUGCGUUCGGAUGCACCUGUGUGACCUGUCCGGUGCCCUACAGGAGUUUGACAAAGCGAUAGCUAAAGACGAUCGGCUGGCAAUCUGCCUCUUCCAGAGAGGCAUAGUUCAUCUACAAUUGGACAUGCUUGAUGAGGCAUUGGGAGAUUUCAGACAUGCUCUGACCAGUUUACGAGGUAACCUUGUGAUUGACUACACACAGCUCGGUCUCAGGCACAGACUGUACUCCUGGCAGGUUCUGUACAACAUGGCUGCUGUUUACUGCAGACUCUGCCGAUGGCAAGAGGCCCAGCAAAGCCUGGAGGAAGCAGUGCAGAAGAAACCCCAGGGCAGUAAUGUCAAGCUGAACAGUGCUCUAUCCAUCGCAAAGCGUAAUAACACCUUUGAGCCAGUUGAUAUACCCGAGGGGAUUGUGUUCAGACCCAGCAAACAUGAAGUGGACGAACUGAAACGCAAGGACUUCCUGGGAACAUCCAAAGUAAUCUCCUCCGUUGUCCCAAAUGAUAGAUUUGCUGGAUUCGGACCUCUUCGUCCAAUGCAUCUUGGAUCUGCUGAACCAAGUAGUGCACCUCAGCCAUUGCCCAACAUACCAGCAGGAACCACAGCACAAUUAAAUUCUGCACCGGCAGCUGUACCCAGGGAGGUAAUGAAGGACAACCUUCAGGUCACUGACCCUGACUCGGUGAUAAUGAAGGUUCACUACGAGUAUACAGUGGCAACAAGAGUGACGCCUGGCACAUCCUACACCGACCUUCUAAACAUCAUCAAAUCCAAGCUUGCCCACCAGUCAGGACAGAUGCAAUUAAGUUACAAAGACAAUGAGACGCAAGAGCUGAUACCCAUCAAAGGAGAGGCAGAUCUUGAAAAGAUGUGGAAUCAGAUUGUUGAAAGACGCAUUACUCUCUGGUAUAAGCCUACAGACCCUUUGGCCGGCCGUCAUGUGCUCUUCCGAACCCUAGCCAACUACAACUACAGGGGAGAAGGUCCUGAGGAUAUGGAAUUCAAUGUGGGCGAUGUCAUUGAUGUGUUGUCUGAAGUGAAUGAGGAGUGGCUGGAGGGACAUUCCAAUGGGAAAAUCGGCAUUUUCCCUCUGUGUUUUGUGGAACCGCAAAAGCCAGAAAUCACUGACUCCAAGGAAUCAUCUUGCUCUGAAGAUACCAGCUGCACACCAACAAGGGCUUCUAAGAAGGUAGCUUUUGAGGAGGAGUGCACUAAAUACUAGACAGGAUACCGCCUACAAGGGUGAGGUGAGAGAGGGAGGUCUGACCAGUCACACUGGGGAGAGGCUGCAGGUUCCAGUCUGUUUCUAGGGAUGUAAAUGUAAUCUUGGGGGAGGCAAUGACCCUAGUCUGUAUGAGGAACAGUCUCUAGAGUGGUGGGGGUGGGGGGCACGGGAAAUCCAUGUCUAUGGGUGAAGUUGGGAUUUAACCAGUCUCUGGAGGACGGGAGGGUUCUGGUCUCCAGAAUGGGGGGGGUGGGAGAGGGAUUGAUCUGUUUGGUCUCUGGGAGAGCAGAGUCUGAUUGUUCUCUAUGGAGGAGAGAAAUGCUAGGUUGAGCUGUGGCUUUGUUUGGUCUAUGAAGGUUGGGAAUGUUCAGAUUCGGGGGAUCAGUGUCUGGUAGGUCAAUGUUUGAAUUACAAUAAUAGAAGUCUGGUCAGAUCUGCCUGAGGGGGAGACACGAGUUCCAGUUAGUUUUAAGUAGUUUAGCAGUCUUUGGUAAGUGGAGGUUUAGUUUCUCGGGGAAGCGUCUGCUCAAACUCUUGUGGAAAAGGAGGCAG